AUGGCUGACUCCCUCACCGAAGAGCAAGUCUCCGAGUUCAAGGAGGCGUUCUCCCUGUUUGACAAGGACGGCGAUGGCCAGAUCACCACGAAGGAACUAGGAACUGUCAUGCGUUCCCUCGGCCAGAACCCCUCUGAGUCGGAGCUUCAAGAUAUGAUCAACGAGGUUGAUGCCGACAACAACGGCACUAUUGACUUCCCCGAGUUCUUGACCAUGAUGGCCCGCAAGAUGAAGGACACUGACUCCGAGGAAGAGAUCCGUGAGGCUUUCAAGGUCUUCGACCGUGACAACAACGGUUUCAUCUCGGCUGCCGAGCUGCGCCACGUUAUGACCUCCAUCGGCGAGAAGCUGACCGACGACGAAGUUGACGAGAUGAUCCGCGAAGCGGACCAGGACGGUGACGGCCGCAUUGACUACAACGAGUUCGUUCAGCUGAUGAUGCAAAAGUAA